AUGACGGCCUAUCCGCAAAUCACCCUCGCGGUCACCCUCGCGGAACUCUUUGAUAGCUCGCAGCUCCACAUGGACAUUCUCGAUUCAACCUGGUUCAAAAAUUAUGGUCAAGUACAAGCCUUCCCGGCACCCGAGCCAUUGCAAUCUCUCUUUAAUUCGAUUGAGCUUCCUCAUCCAGUGAGAUUUGAAAGCCUGGGCCUCAUCGUAAAAUCUGGAUGGAGAGUUGUUGAGCAAGGAAAGAUGCGCAGAAUAUUCAUCUACGUGCAACUGAUCCAGGGGCCCACGCUUGAACAACACUGGCCUGAAAUGCCUGCUAUGGACAAACAUGCAAUCUGUAGCGACCUACGUGCUAAAGUGUCUUGUCUUCGCAGUCUCCAGGACAGUGAAUCACAGCAAGUCAUCGCACUAUUUCUAUACCCCUCCACUCAUGCAGGAAUUGCAGAGGGGCUCAAACAAGUGCUGGAAUUUGUCUCUAGCAAGGAACUGGCAGGAUUGCCAGAACACACAGCGUCUCUGCAAAUGGGAGAUGGCUGGGAGGACUUCCUUGCGGUGAAUGUAAGGAAGAAGAAGAAGAAGAAGAAGAAGAAGGAAAAUGCGAAAAUCGAGCAGGAAAAUGGAAAAUGCGGCUUGUUGUGUAAUGGGCCGAUGAUAGGCCGGUGGAGGAGGAGCGUAGGUGGAGAGCACACGACAGCAGCAGCAGCAGCAGCAGCAGCAGCAGCAACACUUGCUCCCGAGUCGAUGCACUGCUUCACACAGAAUGGCGGUCGGCGCAUCAUGGCAAAUGGCGCACCUCAUGGGCGACGAGGACUCUCUUUGACAACCCGUUUGCUCUCUACCGGUACCAUUAGCAGUAGCAGUAGCAGUAGCAGUAGCAGUAGGCUGCCUGCCACUACCACCACCACCACCGCCGCCGCCGCCGCCGCCGCCCUCCCUUCCCGUGCUGCUCGGCGGCUGCUUGUCCCAGUCCCAAGGCAAUUGAUAGACGCUCGCCGGAGUCAGAGUCUACCGGUACUGCACACCACCUGCACCCUCCAAAGCCCCCCCACGACGACCACUCUCGACUACCCCGCCGCCCUGUCCACCGCCCUGCCAGCCCAGCCAACAACCCUGCCAGCACACCUCCUCCUCCUCCCAAAGAACCCCCUUCUUCUUCUUCUUCUUCUUCCUCCUCUUCGACCCGCCCUCCGCGCCCCCAGAACCCCUCCCCCUCGAUCUCCCCUCCACACCACCCCCGUCCGAUACUGCUCCCAUAGACGCAACAUGUGCAGGCAUUUUGGAGCAGAGGGCGACCCCGUCUCCGCCCUGUCCUCCUCCCUGGAUGUGACCAAGGGCCGAGAGGUGCUGCCUACCAAUGUCAAGCCUGUCCACUACGACUUGACCCUCGAGCCCGACUUUGACAAGUUCACGUACGAGGGCAGUGUGACGAUAGACCUAGACGUCGUCCAAGAUACCACCUCCAUUUCCCUCAACACCAAUGAGCUCAAGAUCCACUCGACCAAAGUCUUCGCCGACAACCACCUCAUCUCCGACUCCCCAGCAGUCGCCUCAGACAAAGAUGCGCAAACUACAAAGGUCAGCUUCGACCAGACCAUCCCAGCUGGCGCCAAGGCGAAGCUCACCAUGGUCUUCUCUGGCAUCUUAAACGACAACAUGGCUGGCUUCUACCGCUCGUCCUUCAAGGCAGCCGACGGCAGCACCACAUACAUGGCCACCACCCAGAUGGAGCCGACCGAUGCGAGGCGGGCCUUUCCCUGCUUCGACGAGCCCGCGCUCAAGGCCAAGUUCACAGUCACUCUCGUCGCCGACGACAAGAUGACGUGCUUGAGCAACAUGGACGUGGCCUCGGAGAAGACGGUCGACUCGAAGCUCUCGGGCGGGAAGAGGAAGGCGGUCACGUUCCACCCAACCCCGCUCAUGUCCACCUACCUGUUGUGCUUCAUCAUUGGCGAGCUCAACUACAUCGAGACCAACAACUUCCGCGUCCCGGUACGCGUGUAUGCGCCCAAGGACAGAGACAUUGAACACGGCCGAUUCUCGCUCGAACUGGCUGCCAAGACACUGGAGUUCUACGAAAAGACGUUCAACAGUCCCUUCCCGCUGCCCAAAAUGGACAUGGUUGCCAUUCCCGACUUUAGCGCGGGAGCCAUGGAGAACUGGGGCCUCAUCACCUAUCGUGUCGUGGAUGUGCUCAUCGACGAAAAGGUAAGCGGCGCAGCUGUCAAGCAGCGCGUAGCCGAGACGGUGCAACACGAGCUCGCCCAUCAGUGGUUCGGCAAUUUGGUCACCAUGGAUUUCUGGGAUGGUCUGUGGCUUAACGAGGGAUUCGCGACAUGGAUGUCGUGGUACUCAUGCAACGUCUUCUACCCGGACUGGAAGGUCUGGGAGGGCUACGUUACCGACAACCUGGCCGGUGCCCUGUCGUUGGAUUCGCUACGCAGCAGCCACCCCAUCGAGGUCCCUGUCAAGCGUGCCGAUGAGAUUAACCAGAUUUUUGAUGCCAUCUCCUACUCCAAAGGUUCCAGUGUCAUUCGCAUGAUUUCCAAGUACAUUGGAGAGGAUGUCUUCAUGGAGGGCAUUCGCAGAUAUCUCAAGAAACACGCCUAUGGCAACACCGAGACGGGUGACCUCUGGGCUGCCCUGGCCGACGCUAGCGGCAAGGAUGUGGGCAAGGUCAUGGACAUUUGGACAAAGAAGGUCGGCUUCCCCGUCGUCACCGUCACCGAGGGCACCGACUCCAUCCACGUCAAGCAGAACCGCUUCCUCCGCACGGCCGACGUCAAGCCCGAGGAGGACCAGACGUUGUGGCCCGUCUUUCUCGCUCUGCGAACCAAGGAGGGUGUCAAUGAGGAUCUGACGCUGUUUGAUCGUGAAGCAGACUUCAAGCUAAACGACCUCGACUUCUUCAAGCUCAAUGCGGACCAUUCCGGCAUCUACCGCACAUCCUACUCGCCUGAGCGGUUGCGCAAGCUCGGCCUUGCUGCCAAAGAUGGUCUUUUGAGUGUCGAGGACAGGGCUGGUAUGAUUGCCGAUGCUGGAUCGCUCGCUGCUUCUGGUUACCAAAAGACAUCCGGCAUUCUGUCGCUCCUCGACAGCUUCAAGACCGAAUCGGAGUAUGUUGUAUGGCAGGAAAUCAUGGGUCGUAUCGGCUCGCUCCGUGGCGCAUGGAUGUUCGAGGAUGAGGCUACCAAGGCUGCAUUGAAGAAGUUCCAAUUGAAGCUGAGUGCAGACAAGGCACACGAGCUAGGAUGGACGUUCAGCGACGCGGAUGGACACAUUGAGCAGCAAUUCAAGAGUCUCAUGUUUGGCUCUGCUGGCAUCGCCGGUGAUGAGAAGAUCAAACAAGCCGCAUUUGACAUGUUCAACAAGUUCAAGGCGGGAGACAAGUCAGCCAUCCAUCCCAACAUUCGCGGUAGUGUGUACGCUAUUGUUCUGUCGAAUGGUGGCAAGGAAGAGUACGACACUGUCGUCCACGAGGCACUCAACGCCGUCACAAGUGACGAGCGCAACUCGGCUCUUCGCUCUCUCGGUCGCGCCAAGUCACCUGAGCUCAUCCAGCGCACGCUAGACUUUGCGCUUAGCAAAGAUGUCAAGGGCCAGGACAUCUACCUGCCCAUCACCGCACUACGGUCGCACCCUGAAGGCUGCAUCGCGCUCUGGCAAUGGGUCAAGGACAAUUGGGCGGAACUCGAGAGGAGGCUGCCUCCUAGCUUGAGCAUGCUGAGCUCUGUUGUGUCCAUUACCACCUCUAGCUUCACCCACCAUGACCACAUCAAGGAUAUCAAGGCCUUUUUCGAGAACAAGAGCACCAAGGGCUUCGACAUGUCGCUAUCUCAGAGCAUCGAUGCCAUCAGCGCCAAGGCUGCUUGGCUGGAACGGGAUACUGAAGAUGUCGCUUCUUGGCUAAAGGAACAUAAGUAUCUUUAG